UAUUUACAUACAAACUGAUCUACAUUUACCAGAUAUAACUUCCUCAAUCAUAUGGUGUAAUAGAAAAAUAAUAACAAUGAAGUUUAAGACAUCGAUGAUGAUUCAGUUACUUUUUAUUCUUAAAGUUAUGCAUGCAGCUGAACCUGAUAAUCCUUGUCCAAGUAACUUAGAACAUAUAGUGGCAAAUAUGUGUACAGACGAUUCUGCAAUAGAAGACAGCGUUGAUGGAAGUAAAGCUGUUGAUAGUGUAUUAUUACGUAUAACGAAACAACAACACAACUGUAUAUGUCAUGUUAGUCUACAAAAUAAUGCGACUAACUAUACCAUAUAUAUGUCUAAAUACGAUGGACUGAGUAAAUCAGCCCCAGAACAAACAAACUGUGGACUUGCAGUAGAUGUCAAUUAUGUGGAUACAUCGUAUAGAACUCGAUCUCUUCAGUCGAUUUACUGUACCCAUGGGACAGGUUUGAGGUCUAUCGCUUUGGGUGGGAAUGAGCUAAUAUUGAAAUCAAGGAUUAUACCAGGUGACUUCACCAGAGGAUACUGUAUGAAAAUAUAUAGAAGUAAGCUAUUGAUUAGGAGUAUACAUGUAUCAAUUUGA